GAAAGAAAGAAAGAAAGAAAGAAAAAUUAGGCUGUUGGAACCUGAAGUCCUUUCUUAUUCGUUACUCCGCUUUUGCUUAGUCAAAACUCCACAGGGUUGGGCUUAGUGUGGAAAGAUCUUUCUGAUUCUGAAAGCAAAAAUACACUGAUGAAAAGAGGUUCACUAUAGUGUUGCUUAUUUAUUUGAAUUUGGGGAAGAAGGAAUAAAGAGGAACAGAUGAUAUUGUCCAAAGAAGUGAAGUACUAAUAAAAGUAAAUAGAGCCAGGAGAAUUCAGUAGGAGAAGGCAUAGCAGGAGAGAGUGUUAAUUGCACUGGUAGAGCAAGUGCUUAGAUACAGGCUUAUUAGAAACAACAGAUAAUGUUAUUACCUAUUUGUAUUAUAGGAAUAACAAGAGACUCCAGUCAAGACUGAGGCCUGUAAUAGGAUACAUUGGUCCUUUAAGGCCAGAGGGGCAAAUCAGGAAUUCCGGAGCAGAUGACUACCUACUGAAUGGCAGGGACAGAUGCUGGAGACUGGAAGUGGUUCCAGGAUAAUAGCUAGUGUCUGAGGAUAAACCCCAGGCUACUGUUUCUUUAAGGGAUCAGGAUGAGGAGCCUUGUAGUGUAGAGUGGGACAAGGCUCCCAUCUCUCCCAGCCAAUCAGGACAAGCUCUGGAAAAGAGGGCAGCCUAUAAAUCUGCCUCUUCCCUCAUAGGAGAGAGCCAUUAGCAGGAGAAGGACUGCUUGCUGGAUGACUUCCCCCUGCCCAGGGGAGAAAGGACUGAAGUGGUUUAACUUGACCCCUAAGAGGUGGAGGAAGGCUGGAAGACUGUGCCUUAGCAGAGAUGCCUGGGAGGAAAGUACUUUCGUUAUGUAGGUUUUGUUUGGUGUUCUGUUUGUUUCACAGGCCUUUGCUGCCAGUCUGGGUGGAACCAGGUGAGGGCAAUUUAAAGGGGCCUGCAGGGAGCAGCUAAAGGGCUACAGCCUAUGACAAGACCCUAUUGUGCAGUGAGCUGACUUAGCGCCAAAGAGUUUACAGUCCAGCUACACAAGCCAGACAAAGGGUAGGAGAAAGGAACACAGAGAGAGAUGUGGGAAGAACCUUAAAUUUGAAUGGUGGGUUUGUUGCAAGUUAAAUCUUACUUAUUUUGGCCUGAUGUAUUAAUUGAAAUGGCAGAGGGAACAGCAGAAAAGGAACUGGAUGCAAUUAAUGUUAUGAGAAGAUCCUGAAGUAUUAGUGAUUUGAGACUAAGUCGUGUUGGCAGAGCUAAGCGGAAAGCUAGCCUGGCACAUUUUGGAAGAUGCUAAGCAACUCUCAGGAGGUAUAGAGCAUUGCCUGCACUAGGCUUGAUUCUAAUCAGUAUCAACCCCUUUGCUUUCAUAAGUACCAAAAAAUGCACUCAGCUCAUCACAGAUAGUAGCCACAAGAAUGCGCUGGGCUCUGGGAUAUUGUUUGCUAGAAUGUAAAAGAAGAUUGCAUCUGGACUGAUCAAUGCUGCAUUCUCAAUGCUCCCAUCGGGACCAGCAUUUCCAAUCACAGACUCUAUGAAUUGUCAAUUGUGUUCGAAAAUAAGACCCUGAUUAUAAUCAGCAUUGCUGAGCCCGCUGUGGCUGAUAGCCAUGUUGCAAAAGUGACCCAGUGUGUGUCACUGACUGGGCAGAGACUCCAGCUGCAGCACACCUGGACCGAGCUGGCCAUCCUUUGGGGCAGACUGGGGAAGGAGAGAGGGGAGCCCUGGGCCCCCCUGCAAACUGGAUAGGAAGGAAUCUGUCAAACUGCAGUCACGCCAGCCCAAGCUGCCUCUCUUUAUGUGGACACUGCGCUUCCCUGGGAUCGCCUGGCUCGUGCGUUUAAGAUGGCUGGGAAAGUUUUCCUGAUGUACCUGACAAUCUAUCCCGCCCUACAGAUAAGGACAGAAAGCAUGGAGGAGUAUGACUACGAUUACCUCAGUGUCAAUAAAACCUGGGUCCUGACCCCCAAGGCGCAGGAGACGGACGCCACACAAAUUCUCAACUCACUGCUGAAGAACUAUGACAACAAACUGAGGCCCGACAUCGGCAUCAAGCCCACAUUCAUCGAUGUGGAUAUCUAUGUGAACAGCAUUGGGCCGGUCUCCGUCAUCCAGAUGGAAUAUACCAUUGAUAUCUUCUUUGCUCAGACCUGGUAUGACCGGCGCCUUCGCUUUAACAGUACCCUCAAAGCCCUCACUCUAAACACUAACAUGGUGAGCCGCAUCUGGAUCCCAGACACCUUUUUCAGGAACUCCAAGCGGGCUGACUCACACUGGAUAACCACACCCAACCAGCUGCUCAGGAUCUGGAAUGAUGGCAAGGUGCUCUACACGCUCCGGCUGACGAUAGAGGCGGAAUGUCUACUCCAGCUGCAGAAUUUUCCAAUGGACACACACUCCUGCCCGCUGGUUUUCUCCAGUUAUGGCUACCCGCGAGAGGAGAUUAUCUACCGCUGGAGGCGUUACUCCAUUGAAGUCUCAGACCAGCGCACCUGGAGACUUUAUCAAUUUGACUUCACAGGCCUGAGGAACACAUCAGAAGUUCUCAGGACAGGGGCUGGGGACUAUAUGGUCAUGACGGUUUCCUUUGAUCUGAGCAGGCGGAUGGGCUAUUUUGCCAUUCAGACCUAUAUCCCAUGCAUCCUGACCGUAGUUUUGUCCUGGGUUUCCUUCUGGAUCAAGAGAGACUCCACACCGGCCAGGACUUCUCUGGGUAUCACCACAGUGCUCACCAUGACCACCUUGAGUACCAUCUCCCGCAAGCACCUCCCAAGGGUCUCCUACAUCACUGCCAUGGACCUCUUUGUCUCGGUGUGCUUCAUCUUUGUCUUUGCCGCUCUCAUGGAGUAUGCCACACUCAACUACCUGGUGGGAAACAAGAAACCGCCGGACCACAACAACAAGAAACCCAGACUGCCACCUGCCAAUGCCCAUGUGAUGCCCUCCUUCACCACCAUCAACAUCAACAACCUCAUGCACUGGCCUCCUGAGGUAGAGGAGGAGGAGGAGCCGGGUGCCCCUUGCCUAGAAGGGAAGGAAUGUGAGAGGUUUUUUUGCUGCAUCGAGGACUGUCAGACAGGGACGUGGCGGGAGGGCCGCAUCCGCAUUCACAUCUCCCGCCUGGACUCCUACUCCCGGGUUUUCUUCCCCACCGCCUUCCUGCUCUUCAACAUCGUGUACUGGAUCGCCUAUCUCUAUCUCUAGCUGUUCCCCAGUCUGUGCUGAAAUAAACCAGAGGCCAACAAGAUUUGCAAAAAAGGGAAACAGUGUCGCUUCUCAUUUUAGUCAUUCAUUUUUUUUUUUUUGACACUUGCCCAACCUUAACCCCUUCCUCCCCUUCUGAGUAGAACCAGUUGGGGAAAAAAUUCAUGGCCAAACUCUUUGAUGAAAACCAGGUUGUCAAUUUCUUGUGAAAAUUUCCGAUUUUCUGCAAAAAUACAAACCUGAAUGUUUUUUCCAUUUCCAAUGAAACCCCAAUAAUUUUACGGAAAGUGCUGAUGAAAGUGAAUUUUUUUUCAUUUUUACAGGAAAUCAAAUAAAUUUCUCGACCAACUCUACUCCUGAGUCAGCUUCUGUUGACAUAAACCCUGGUGAAGGGCCAUGGAAAAGUCCACAAGGACUGGAGGUCCUCUAUCAGGAGCCAGUGUUGUUCAAAAUGUGUAUGGUACUUGCUAGAAAGGGUGCAUGGCCAUAGACCUGGGAUGGACCAGUGCAUCCCCCAGCAGCCUCUACCUGCAGGGUUGCUAUGGGACUCUCACUGUAGCCUACAGCUGCCCCCUGCUGUAGCAGAUGGUACCAAGACACAGCAGUAGGGACUUUCCCUGACACUGGUCAGUCUAUGAAGCUAUGCAUUUGGAAAGUUUUAAAUAAGUCUGUGAGGAUCCAUCUACUCUACAAAUACAACCCUAUAUUUGUUGUUACAUCCUGGUUGUAUUGUGUCAUGUAGAUGUAUAUUGCUUUCAGUUACUACUCAGAAUUCAGUGUUGUAACUGAAAUCAAUAUAUUUGAAAAUGUAGAAAAACAUCCAAAAUAUUUAUAAUAAAUUUAAAUUGAUAUUCUGUUAUUGUUCAGCAGUGAGAUUAAAAUUGUGAUUAAUUGCAACUGUUUUUUUAAUAUAAUUAAUUUGUUUUGUGUUAAUUGCUUGCGUUAACUGUGAUUAGUUGACAGCCCUACCCCUAAUAUUGUUUUAUUUGUAGUGUAGACAGGGUCUGACUUCUUUUAGUUCUGCUUCAGGGGAACAAAGUGUGAUCCCAGUUCUACUGCCCUCCAUCAGUGGGUAGUAUCUGACACCACAAAUCAUCCUAUUGAAACCAAUGGGGCUUCUCAUGGACUGAGGUAUUACUCAACCUGAGUAAGGGUGGCAGAAUCAGGCCCUGCAGAAUUUAAAAUAACAAACAUGCAAGGUCCUUUUGGGGGCCCUGGCAGCACAAACACAUCUAUUUUUAAAUCUUUAGGAUUCAGAAAGAAAAUGUAAACUGGAAGAUUUAGGAGAAAGCCAUGCUCCGCCUACUUUCUGACACUCCCCACCCCUUUUCUGGUGAGUGGCUCCCAGGACGGGGCAGAGCAACUCAAUAACAUCCGCAAGUGCCAGGUCUGCUAUGUUGAGUAGCCCUUAGCCAGGUCAAGCAUGGGGAGGUAGGUGUUUCCUUGCUCACAUACUGUCACAGAACUUGUGUGGCCAUGUAACUUGGGGAGGGAAGCAAUCUUUCCUUGGUGAGGACUGGGGAAAUAUGCCAUUCAGUGCUAAGCAGGAAGAGUCUGCAUCUAUAGCAGAAAAACACAGAGCCGGAUUCUCCACUGAAAUAAAUUGUUGCUGCCCCAUUUAUGCCAGCUGAGCAACUGUCCCACCAUGCUGUUUGCUGAAAGUGACUUCCCAUUCAUAUUUACUUACUGUGUAAAUUAAAAAGAAAUCUUUUAUAAAGAGCAUGUUUUAGAAAUAACUGUCACUUUAAAGGCUUGUCCCAAGUAGAGAGACAACACCUGCAGGGAGUGUAGCUGGGAAUGUCUGGUUUACCGGACAGCUAAUAGGGCCACGAGGGAUAUGUAUUCUUAGAGAGCAAAUUUGAUCUGGUUUAAAGAUGGAUUUUGACACUGUUGAAUGUGAUCUGAAUAAUGAUGUGUCAUGUUUAAUUAAUUCAUAAAUAUACCCUUACCUUGCUUCCAGGGGGACUCAACAAGAGCCUAAUUAAGGCUACAAUAGUACAACACUUGGCUAAGUAUAAACUAAUAGGGUCAAACCUGCACAGCUUCUGGAAGGGAAAAUUAUGCCUGUCUAACCUGUUAGGGUUCUUUGAAAUGCUGAAUAAAUCAGGAGAUAAAGGUUUCCCAGCAGACAUAAUUUACUCGGAUUUUUCCAAUGGCUUUUGACAAGAUAGAGCAGAAUUAUUGAGGGUGGUACAAGGGGGGUUCUAAUUAGAAGAAAUUAAUGUAGAAAAAGCUAGUCUAAGAGAAGGAUAAAAAUAGUUUCCUGACAACGAAGUCUGUUGGGCUGCGGAACUGUCUCCUGAGCGAAGGGGGGUGAAAUCUCACUUGACAUAGUAAAACCAGCGGUGUAGUCAAGGGCAAACUUGGGUAACUCGCAUUUGCCCACUUUUCAUUUGGGGAAUAUGGAGUUUAGGUUAGAUUAGUUCACUCACUUCUCUUUUUUACCACUACACCGCUGAAUAAAGCGAGAUUGGACGUGGCAACAUAAUAUACUGUACGAAUCAACUCUGUCCUGACAGAUGGCUGAACUAGAUAGGUGUUCUGCCAUCACUAAUUUCUAUGAUCCCCCAAUAGGGUCUCUUUGAGGCUAUGCCAGAAAAUAAAGAUUGCCAUGGAUUAAAAAUUGCUUAAGUGACAGAAACAUAGGAAAGGCCUGUUCUCAGAGGAGAACGAAGUGAGUGUGGGGGCACCACUGGUCUGUAUUGGAAGUAUUACUUAAUAUAUUCAUCAAGUGGAGUAAGUGGGCAGCAGAUAGUGAAAUAUGCCAGUGACACUAGCACCAGUAGAAACUCCAGGCAGGUUUAAACAUGAUGGAAGACAAGGGUAAUGCACAUCAGCAAAGACAGUGAAAACUCCUCAGAUACAGCCCUGGGUUUGGAACACUUUUCUAAGGAAACUGACUUAGGAGGUUGUCAUGGAAAACAUGAUUAUCCAGUAAGCAACAGCACUUAGCAAGAUAGAUGGUUGGGUAUAUUAUAAAAGAGGAUAGAAUUCCCCUGUCCACAACCACCACCACCACACACACACACACACAAACCUCCCCCUCUGCUAAUAUAACAAUGGGCAAAAUCAGUGCUGAGUGAGUAGGCAGAGGUGUCAUGGGAAUUUUAUCUGUUUACACUUGGGUCCAUGAUGGUAUAUACUGAUCUGGGGGCCGAUCCUACAAUGUGCCCAGAACCCUCAAUUCCCAUUCAGAUCAAUGAGAAUGGGAGUUACUCCACAUCUCAAAAGAGCUGCUCACGCAGCACUUGGUAGGAUCCAGCCCUUGGAGAACUACGUUCAAUUUGGGGCCAACUCAACUUGAGGAUUAUUAUAUUACACAGGAGGAGGGGAGAGGUCUAGGGAAGGGAAAAGAUGGUUAGCACUUGGGCUGGGUAGGACUUGGAUUUGAUGAGAUACUGCAAAAAAAGGGUAAUCUGGCCUGGAAAGAUGGAGAGUUUAGAGGGGGAAAUGGAAUUACAAGGACUGGAACACAAGAGAUCAAAAUCAAGCAGAUUCCUAAGGGUAGGAGAAGGAGUUUCCUCUGGCUUUGAUAAAAUGUGUCCAUCCCAAUUAUUACAAUAAAUAAAUAAAUGUAUUCAUUAAUUAACAUUUUACAUUUCUAUAGCACUUUUUAUCCAUAAAUUUCAAAGUACUUUGCAAGGAUGGGUAAGGAUCAGUCUACCAUUUUAAGAUCAGGAGAACUGAGGCACAGGGUUUUUUUAAAAAAACUGACUUCCCUUGGGCCACAAAGCAAGUCCGUGGCAAAGCUAGGGGUAGAACCCUCCUCUACCUAUAGUUCCCUUUCUUUCUCAGAUUAAAGUAAAAAUGGCAGCCUUAAUUAUGAAUUCUUUGGUUUAUAUUACAACCAACAAUGUAUGGUGGUCUGGUUUUUGUUUUAAAAUGGGAUGGCUGCUGACUUUUUAUGUCCUUGUAUGUUGUCCAUACAAGGUGAGCUGAGAUGCUGACCAAACAACACACCAGACUAAUGACUGUACUGAAGCCAUAACACCAGCAUUCAUGUUCUAUACAUUUUCUUUGAAAAAGGCUCAUUUGUCACUUCACUGACUCCCAUUCCCGUCACCUCCACCCACAAAUAUGCUGUAUAAUGGAACAGUUUGAGUCUGUAAGCUCUUCAGGGCAGGGACUGACUCUUACGUGUUUGUACAGCCCCUGGCACACUUAAG